GCCCGAAUAGUCGUGUGUUUAACAGCAGCUGAUCAUUUUUAUUAUUUUUCUCCGGCUUAACUUUGUUUACGAACUUAAAUUAUGAUUGCUCUGAAAAUCUGAAGAUAAAUUUACUUGGAGUGAAUGAAAUUAAUUGAAAUAACUGCCGUAAAGUGUUAAAAAAACACAUAUCUUUUUCGUGUUGUUUUGCAUUGCAUAAUUAAAUUGUUGGCGAAAUUAUAAAAACAAAACUGUUGCUGAAUUCAUCUUUAACUGUGUCGUUUUUGCCAUCUCUUUUGCGCUGUCUUUCUACUCGAUCUAAGCUGAGUUAAUUUUUCACCAUCUUCUUGUUGUUGUUGCUGCGGUUGUUUUGUUGACAAUAAAGAUGCCGGGUGCUGCUAAGGUGAUUUGUGUUGCUUGCAAUGAAACUAUUGCUAAAAAUGGAAGCAUAAGAUGCCGUAUUUGUUCUGGCUGGCUUCAUGCAUCUUGUGCAAAGCUUUCCGAGAAAGAUCUCAUUGCACUUAAGGCAAUUAAGGUGUCUGCUUUUAUUUGCACCACCUGCGAAGGUAAAAUUGGUUCUAGUGGCUGUAGCAAUGAUGGUGGUAGCAUUGCUGGUGAUAUUCGUGCGCUCAAUGAAAAAUUCGAUGAUUUUUUAGCUGGCAAUCGGGAUGAACUGAAUUCCAUAAAGACUGUUCUGGGUGAAAUAAAGACAGAGAUGUCUUCCUGCUUGAAAGAGAUAAAAUCUGACAUUGACACAUGCAAUAAACGUAUCGAUGAUGUUGCUUCGUCUUGUUCAACUAAAAUUGCGGCUUUGGAGGUUGGAAUGAAUAUUUUGCAUCGGCGUAUUAAUCGCACGGACAUAGUUAUUGAUGGUCUACCUACAAACUUAAAAGAUUUGUAUGCUGUUGUGAUUGCAUUGGGAACAUUCUUUAAGAUACCUAUAACGAGUAAUGAUAUUAACAAUGUUUGCUACAUGCACAAUCGUAAGCUGAUACUUGUUAAAUUUAACUCUGUGCAACUUCGAGAUUCAAUUAUGAGGGAAUAUUUUGCGACUCGAAGUCUCAAAGUUAGUGACGUAAAUGGAACCUAAUGCGUAAGAAGUUGAUCACGAAAUACAGAGUGCAAAAUGGUGACAAACUCAAAGCUAAGUUGUGGCUUUUGGAUGGUACUGAAGUUAUCCGUGACCUAAACGAAUGUUCUUCGCUCCUUCAAAAUGGGACCUCAGUAUAUUAAUAGUAUUUUAUUUUUUUUUACUUCUAAAGAUUUAUUUUUGUAAACCUCGAUUUAACAGAUUUUUUUUUUUUUAACUAAAAUAUCUACGUUACCCAUUUUUUUAUUUAUUUAUGCAUUUCGUUAAAUCUUGGUUCUCUUCAUUGUUUUCAUUUGAUUUUCUUCCUGCAAUUUCAUAAUUAAUUUU